UGGGUUCAACUGGUAAUAAUGGCAGGGACUGUCAUGUUGGCUUAUUACUUCGAAUACACGGACACUUUCAACGUUCACGUCCAGGGAUUUUUCUGCCAUGACGGCUCGUACACUAAGCCCUACCCUGGACCCGAUGAAAGCAGUGCCAUUCCACCAGCUCUCCUCUAUUCCCUAGUGGCCGGAGUCCCCCCUGUUAUGAUGAUCGUGGGAGAAGUGGCUGUAUUUUUCCUUCAAUCAGCUACUAAGGAGUUUGGAAGUCGUGAGAAGACCAUAAUAACUGGAGAUUGUUGCUACAUCAAUCCAUUGGUGCGCAGAACGGUUAGGUUCCUUGGAGUUUAUGCAUUUGGACUUUUUGCCACAGAUAUAUUUGUAAAUGCUGGGCAAGUGGUGACAGGAAAUCUAGCCCCCCAUUUUCUCACAGUCUGUAAACCCAAUUACACAGCACUGGGCUGUCAGCAUGAAUCUGUGCAAUUCAUCAACAGUGAGGAGGCCUGCACUGGCAACAUAGACGCCAUUACAAAAGCCAGGAAAAGCUUUCCAUCCAAAGAGGCAGCUUUAAGUGUGUAUGCAGCAGUGUAUCUGGCAAUGUAUAUCACAUGUACUGUGAAGGCCAAUGGGACAAGACUUGCAAAACCUCUCCUCUGUUUGAGCCUCAUGUGUUUGGCAUUUCUGACUGGAAUAAACAGGGUAGCGGAAUAUCGAAACCACUGGUCAGAUGUUGUAGCAGGAUUCAUCAUAGGAACAGCUGUAGGAGUGUUCUUGGUUGCAUGUGUGGUACAUAACUUUAAGGGAAGACAUACAGUCAAUGAAAAGCUACAGCCUGACAACGUGACUGACAUCCCUUUGAUCACUCUACCACACGUGGAAAGUCCAUUAGGAAAAUUAAGUGCUGUACAGUCUGACAAGUUGCUGAAAGUGCAAGGUGAAAAUGGUACUGUGAGGGACACUGGGCAUAUGGGACCCAAGAGAAUAGGCUAUCUCUUUAGCCAAUCAAAUUGA